AUGACUUCGCUGCGGGAGCGAUCUAAGAUGUUGAGUGUGACGGUGGAGGCAAUUAGAACCAUCGAGAGCUUUGUGGAGGACUACGAUGCCGAGAUUGAUCAAGACAAAAUCGAAUCUAGAUUAAAGAGACUGGAUAUACUAUAUGAUCGCUUUGUUGAUACAUCCAUCGCAGUGGAAUUGUUAAUGGAGGAUAAAUCCGAAACUAAAACUAUUCUAGUGAAAGAUCGUAACGAAAUGGAAGAACGAUAUUAUACAUUACAUGAUUUCCUAACAACACACAAACCGAAUCAUCAUGUUUCGGCUAAUUCCCCUCAGAUUUCCACAUCUGUUGUACGUUUACCGAAAAUUGAUUUGCCGAGUUUUGAUGGUGAGAUUGACAAUUGGAUUCUUUUUUAUGACGCAUAUCGUAGUUUAAUUCACAACAACAAAAAUUUAGCUGCUGUGGAUAAGUUCCAUUACCUGAUGGCCGCACUCAAAUAUCCUGUUAAAAAACUACUCGAUACAACUAACAUAACGGGCGAUAAUUAUAAAAUCGCUUGGGAUCUGCUUGUAAGUCGGUAUGAUAAUAAACGUUUGCUUAUUAAAAAUAACAUUGCGUCAUUGUUCGCCAUUGAUCCUGUGAGGAAGGAAUCUUCAAAUGCGAUAUUAGCCCUGGUUGACCAAUUUGAACGUCACGUAAGAAUUCUAUCGACGUUGGAGGAGCAAACUGAACGAUGGAUCUCUGCUGGUACACAUGGUGUGUAG